AUGGACAAGAACAAGAUUCUGCCGAGUCUCCCAGAAGAAAUCAUCAUCGACAUCCUUUCGAGGUUACCACCAAUAUCACUCUUAAAGUUCAGGUGCGUAUGCAAAUCUUGGAGCAUCUUAUUUAAUGAUCCUAAAUUGAUCAACUUGAUUAUGAAAAACAAUAUUGUCAUGCUGAGAGAUGAUAACACAAUAUACUCGUUUGAUUAUGAAUCGUCAUCAUCAUUACUACCUGAUGAUAUUGCCUCGCAUAUUAAGAAGAUUCAUCUGCCACCAGUGGUGAGAGCUCAUCCACGCAUUGUGGGUUCUUGCAAGGGAUUGGUUUGCUUAACUUCUUCUCGUAGCUAUUGCCUUUGGAACCCAUCUACCAGAGAGUACAAAGCUAUACCAAUAUCAACAGCACCUGGAUAUCAAUCUGUCUCUUCGGGAUGCUCCACUAGAGAUAUUACACAUGGGUUUGGCUACGACUGCUUGACCGAUGAUUACAAGUUUAUCGAAAUAUUGCCUGGUACGAACAGCAGUCGACCUGUAGUUGGUGUCUACUCAUUGAGAUCAAAUUCAUGGGAACCAGGAUAUAUUCCUUAUGAAUUUUCUCGUGAAACACCACCGGGGGUGUUGUCUAACGGUGCUCUUCACUGGUUUGCAAAUUCCUCCUCCUCCUCCUCCAGGGUCUUAAUCGCUAUGGAUGUUGGAGACCAGAGUACUCGUGAAAUCGCACAACCAGGAAAGUUUGAUGUCAAUGGCGGUAAUAGACAUCUCGACGUGUUGGAUAGGUGUCUUUGUAUGCUUUACAGUAGUGAUGAUUCUUCGGAAAGUUUUGAGGUCUGGGUUAUGAAGGAUUACGGAGUCAGAGAGUCUUGGAUGCAAGUGUACAACAUUCCUCGGAUGACUAUGUUUGGCCGUACGCUUCGCUGCUUCAGGCAGAUACAAUGUCUAAGAAAUGGAGAGCUUCUUUGCGAAAUUAAAACCCAGAACGAUGAUAAGGCAGAUGAUAGUACUAUGGUUUUAUAUAAUCCGAAGGAUGAUAAAGUUAGGAUUUUGAAGAUCAAUGGUGAUAGGAGUUAUUUCACAUCCUCUAUAUUCCAAAUAGAGAGUUAUGUGCAGAGCUCGGUUUCACUUAAUUCGGGUACUUAUGUUGAUCAAGAGCAAGAAAAAAAGGAUUUAUCUGUUGCAUUCAAAAAGGCCAUAUGGAAAUGA